AUGGUUAUGUUGAACUCAUAUGAACGCGAGAACCGCCAACUCAACGACGCGGUGAGCAGUCUGCGAGCUGACAAGGAGGCCUUGGAGGCGAGUAUAUACGAGGCCCAGCAACUCCUCGACCAACUGCAGAUGAGGCGUGACCACCUCGAAGCGGAGUUAAGCAAAGUUUCGGCAAAACGCGAUGCCCUCCAGAUAUUCGAUGCUCACAGCAUUUCGAGGCUCAAAUGUAUCUAUAGCCCCGAAAACGCUGAUUCGGCCGAAAACGGGGGCAUCCUCGAUACAGCUUCGCUGAGUGUGAAGCGUAAGGACUUCAUUUUUAUCGGAAAGGUAGGAUUAGCCCAAUACCAUUGCGUUAGGAAUGGAUUACUGAAUAUGAGGAAUUAG